AUGAUCAAAAUUGGUUUAGUUGGUUUGCCAAAUGUCGGAAAAAGCAGUUUAUUUCGUUUCUUGACCAAAAAAGAAGUGUUAAUUGCUAAUUAUCCCUUUGCGACUAUUGACCCUAACCAUGGCGUAAUGCCCAUUGCUGAUUUUCGUUUGGAAAAAUUAGCCCAAGUCUUUCAGAGUGCUAAAACAACUCCCAUGGACUUAAUUUGCCACGUGUUACGUUGCUUUGCUGAUUCCAAUAUUGAACACGUGGAAAAAAGCGUGGAUUCUCUCCGCGAUUACGAAAUUAUCCAAAGCGAAUUAAUUCUUGCUGACUUACAACAAAUUGAGAAAAAAAAACAAAAGUUACAAAUUUUACAAAAAAAACAACCACAGCAAGCCGAAAAAGAAUUAAAAAUAUUAGCAUAUUUGGAGCAAAAUUUAAUGAAUGGCUUUGCUCUUUCCCAAUUAAAGUUAAACGCUGAAGAAAAAGGUCAAGAAUGA